GACGCAACCAUCGGUGGAACACCCUCACUUUAAACACAGUAAGAACAAUGCAGAAGACAACGAGAGCAUACCUGCCUAGCGCGGCCGCAACAGCCUGCCUAUCACUUCUGCUUAUCAUCUGCCUUACUGAAGGAGCUUCAGAGCAAAGAAUUAACAGUAGAGGUAGCAAGUCUUCAAAUCUAUUCCAAAAAGUCAACGGAUGGAGAAGCCAACGCGGAGGAUCCUGCCUAAGCUACGGACAUUCAUGUUGGGGAGCUCAUGGCAAACGAUCCGGAAAACCAGCAGCGACAGCCCCAGCAACACCCCCAGAUUGGUACAUCACGAAAAUGCUUCGGCAAAUUGCUGCAAACGAUGAUAUGAACCAUGACCAAAACUCCGAAAUUAAAAAAGAAGAUUCAAGUGACAUCUAUCGAGUGGUUUUUGAAAACAAUGCACCGAACGCUCACCGACUCGAAAGCAGUGAAGAAGUACCACUUGAUUUUGCAUCAAAGUUACCGGAAGCCAAACCAAUGUUGGAUGAAGAUUUACUAUCGAAGCUAAAACUAUGGCACUUAAUGCGAGUUGCUUCAGAAGAAAUUUAAACAAAACGACUGACACGCCCUUACGCAUUUUAUUUAAUACUCUAGUAUUAACUUCGAUAACUGUCAAUUGUAAGGCUGGGUUGCAAUUGACUAUUUGUAAUAUAUGGCCUAAGUCAAUGUGCCACUCAUAAAUGAACGCGCCAUUUGUACCUGUCUAUGUCAAAUUGCAUUUUUAAUAUGUAAAGUAGGUUUUUAUGUGGAUGCGGCAGAUUCUUACAAAUAUUACGUAUUAUAUGCUGGAGCAAUAACGUUAUUAACAGCUGCAAGGUAAAACUCGAUUUUUUUUGGCAAAUAAACUAAACCACAGAACAGUUUUGAACUAACUUGGUUUUGAGGUUAUUUAAUUAUUAUAUUAAAUAAUUGUAAUGACAAUGACAGCUGAUACCAGCACUAUUGCUCCGACAGAUAUAUACGAAAAAUUUCACUUUGAACCGGAACUAGAUAGAGAAAUGUUUUAAAACCUUUUUUAUCUUAGCUUUUCUUAAAUUCUUAUGAAUGUAACAAACAUAUUUUUUAUUAUAAAACAAUAUAAUUGUUCACUAAGGCACUUGAUGGGUUUAUAAAGAAAUUUCUACGAAAUAAUUAACGUAAUAAUACAUACAUUUCAAGACAUAGAAUGAAAAAUUGAAAUUCAAAUUCGAAACAUAAUUUAAUUAAAUUUUCAAACCCAUUACAAUAAAAUUAAAUUAAUUUAUUAGGAAAUUUAUUUCUAAAAAUAUAUUUUUUAAAGGUCUACGUUAAAAUGUAUUGAAAACCUGCCGCAUCCUUCCCGUAUAUGUAUAAUAGGUACCGAUUUUAUAUGUAUCAUAUUCUACUAGUAUAAUUAAGACUACAAACAUGCAUCUCUUUUCCUUUUACGACAAUUUAUAUAAUAGUUCUAAGAUGUGGUUAAAAAGUUACUGUUGGUGUUUAGUAAAUCUGUAAAAUAAAAGCAAUUCACACAUA